AUGGCCACCUCUCUUCAGAAAACCAAUACUAUGCUAAAGGAGUAUGAGAAAUUAACUGGUCUUCUCAAAGUAUUCAUGAAAGAGAAAGAUGAAACAACUAGUCCCUCAACGAAUGAUAUGAAAGUUUAUGAAACCAAAAUUCAACGAACGAUAGAAGAAUUCCAUCAAAAAGUUCAAGAAGUUCACCGGCACGUCGAAGCAGCCUUGACAGCAGUGACAAAUGAUAUCAAUGAAUGGAAAUUACUGAAGCUAAAAGAUGCCUUUCUCAAAACAAAUGGAAAAAAGAAAGUUUUGCUCAACAUCGGCGGCCGACACUAUCAAACAACCGUUGAAACUUUGACAAAGGAUAAAAAUACGUACUUCACUCAACUUUUUUCCGGUAAUUGGGAACAGGAACUCGACGACGAAGGACGGUUGUUUUUCGACAGAGAUGGUGACGUGUUUGCUGAGAUACUAUCAUACCUUCGCGAUCCUGACAAAUACGUCCUGUCAGAUGAAAAACUUCGUCCGCGUCUGAUUAAAGAAGCAGAGUUUUAUCGAAUGCUGAAUCUAGCUUCGAUUUUUGGUGUAUUCUCACGAACAACUCUCUUGAAUGACGAACAGCAGCUGAAACUGAAUGAGUUCUAUGGAAAAAAUGAUCAACACUGGCAAUUGAUCUACAAAGCCUCGAGAGAUGGUUUUAGUGCGGCUGACUUUCAUCGUCACAGUGAUAAACAAGGUCCAACUAUGACCGUCAUUCGAUCAACGGGUUGCUAUCUUUUUGGCGGCUAUGCUUCAACAAGUUGGACAUCAUCUGAAGGUUGUCGCGAUGCAAAAAACUCAUUUCUGUUUCUUCUGACAAAUGCAAAUGGAAGUCCACCAACGAAAUUUGUUUGUAAUAAUAAAGGGAUUGGUAUUUUCAAUCAUUGGGCUUAUGGUCCAAUAUUUGGCGAUAAUGAUUUGUGGAUACAUGGUGAUAGUAAUGCAAACAUAGCUAGUUAUUGUGAUUUAGGUAAGAUAUAUCCCGACACACUCUAUCUCGGUGAAAAAACAUUUACUGGUUCAAAGUACUUUCAAACAGCUGAAAUUGAAGUUUUCAAAUUGGCAUGA